UUCGUUGACGCCUUUGACAAACAUGUGCACGCUUCCAAAGCUUGUCCUGCUGCAUGCCAUGCCACCCCCCAUUGCCUCCCUAGCUAUAGCUCGCCUCGCCUCCUAUAUAUACACAGCAAAGCCCUGUUCCUACAGUCACCACCGGCUCAACUGCGCCUCAACACCAACUGCAAGGAACAACAGAGUUAUCAGGGAAAUAUUAGCUGCCAUUUGCGACCAUGUUCAAGCUGAGGUGCCCCAACCCCAAGAGGCUUUUCAGGAGGAGUUCCUCCAAGAUCAGCAGGUCUAGUAGCAGCUGCAGCAGCAGCAGCGACAGCGGCAACGAUGCCUCCGGUGGCAUCCGUGGAGGCGGCGGCAGCGGGGAGAUCGAGUGGGAGGUGCGGCCGGGGGGCAUGCUGGUGCAGAGGAGGGACGGGAGGGGGGACGUCGAGGUCAUCACCGUCAGGGUGGCCACCGGCUACUCCUGGCAGGACGUCUCCAUUGGAGCCACCUGCACUUUUGGUGAGCUAAAGGUGGUAGUGUCUAUGGUGACGGGCUUGGAGCCGAGGGAGCAGCGGCUGCUGUUCAGGGGCAAGGAGAGGGAGGACAGUGACUACCUCCACAUGGUUGGGGUGAGGGACAAAGACAAGGUGCUGCUCUUUGAGGACCCUGCCCUCAAAGACAUCAAGCUUCGGGCCACGCUCGCGGCCCAGGCCAUGCAGAGCCCGUAUCAGACUUUUAUCAAGGUGUAGGCCAACCAGCCUCGCCCACCGCGCUAAUGUUAGGGUAAAUCAACCGCACCAUCAGACAUCAACUAGUCAGGUCUCACAAGAGUUGCUAACAAAAAGCAUACCUGGAACCUGAUGCUGUGAUGCAUGGUGUGGUUCGCUGUUGUUGGUCAGUACUUGAGUACCACUCCAUGGAAUGUAAGGGCAAAUGGCCUCCCUGUGUGAGAGUUAGGGUACUACCAACUUUUAAUUAAUUAUAAUUGCGUGGUUAUGCAAUUUGUAGCUAGUUGCAAGUUUAAGUUCUUUAUACUAGAUGCUGGAAGGGCCAGUUUACAGGAAUUGCAAGUCUAACUGUGCAUGUCAUGCAGGGUAUUAAGUUAGAGCAUCUCCAGCUGCCCUAUUUUAGGUU